AUGACGACAGCCUUUGGUUUCGACACAAAGGUGGACGAGGUUGCCAGCGCAUUCAAAGAUGCCAUCCGCGGGAAGACAGUCUUGAUCACAGGAUGCAGCCCCAAUGGGCUCGGCUCAGAAUCGGCUCGUGCCAUUGCUGCCCACGACCCGCAGCUGCUCAUCCUCGCAGGCCGUUCCAGAGCGAAGCUUGAGCAGACAGAGGCGGCCUUGAAGCAGCAGUCGCCGCGGGCCAGCGUGCGCCUCCUCGAGCUGGACCUUGCCAGCCUGGCAUCGGUGCGGCAGGCGGCCGACGUAGUGAACCAGUACAGCGAGCACAUUGAUGUGCUGAUCAACAAUGCCGGCAUCAUGGCGACGCCCUUUUCCAAGACCGUCGACGGCCUCGAGUCGCAGUUCGGCACCAACCAUAUCGGCCACUUCUUGUUCACGAACCUGAUCUUACCGAAAAUCCUAGCUGCCGGAGAAGGCGCCCGGAUUGUCAAUGUCAGCAGCCUGGGUCACCUGCUAGGGCCGGUCCGCUAUGAUGAUUCCAACUUCGAGAAGGGAGACUACAACAGGUGGGCAGCAUAUGGACAGAGCAAGACGGCCAACAUACUGUUCUCGGUGGCCCUUGCCGACAGGCUCAAGGCCAGAGGGCUGCUUUCGUUCAGCCUCGAUCCCGGAGCAUCUGCUGAAACAGGAAUUUCACGUGAGAUAGAGCUGGAUGAGCUCAAGGAACUGGGUGAGCAAAACCUGAUCGAUCCCCCCCACAACAACGGGGACUACUUGUGUGAUUGCCAGAUCACCAAGGUGACGGCUCCUUGGGCUAUUGGACGAGACAAUGCUGAUAAGCUGUGGGCAUUGAGCGAGUCCAUUGUCAGGGAGCAGUUUCGCUAUUGA